AUGUCAAAUCCACGAGAAGAUGACGAGCCUGCCCAGACCCCUACUACACCCUUGAGGAGAGAGCGGGCUCCCACCAUCACCAUUGACACCUCCGCCAUGAACUCGCCAAAUAACGGCCAACCGCCCGUCCAAGUUCUUUCCGGUCCCGAGCAAGCCUCGACAGAUAAUCUUAAUCUUAAUAAUAAUAAUGGAGAAUCGCCCAGCUCCAGGUCCGCAGGUCAUGAUGAUGCUGUGUCCCCUACUGAUCGAAGGUCCACCGCAUCAAUCCGUUCAAAUGCCUCUUCGGAAGCUCGAGACCGAGACCACGAAAAUCGACCUACUUCGCCUCACAAUAUCUCAUCCCCAAAGACCAAGCAGUCGGAAUCACACUCCAACUUUUUCCAGGCUUCCAGUAUCUAUGGGGGCGAUACCUAUGUCCCGAGCCAGUCUCACCACUCGCAUUCCCAAUCCGACCUCACAAAACACACCAAUAUCGAUGAAGAGGACGCCCUAACCCCAGACCCCGGUCGGGAAGCCGAAUUUGAAGUUGAAAACAAUCGGUUCGCGUUUUCCCCGGGUCAACUGAAUAAGCUCUUGAAUCCGAAGAGCUUCUCUGCUUUUCGUGCAUUGGGGGGACUGCGAGGUCUCGAAAAGGGGCUGCGGACGAAUGUCCAAAGUGGUCUCAGCACUGACGAGGCUGCGUUGGAUGGGGCCGUGGGAUUUGAAGAUGCCGUUGGCCCGGGCUCGCCCUCUUUACCCAAAGCAGCUUCCCCAGUUGGACCGCCACCUGUAACUCCUGCAGAUACAAAGACCGAUAGUGAUGCAAAUCAAGAGUUCUCAGAUCGGAAACGGGUUUACGGCGAUAACCAACUCCCAGAGAGAAAGUUGAAGACCAUCUGGGAAUUGGCCUGGAUAGCUUUCAACGACAAGGUGCUUAUCCUGCUGACGGUUGCCGCCGUCAUCUCUCUCGCUGUUGGUAUCCCCCAGUCUAUUCACCCAGCUGAUCCAGACGAGCCGGGUGUGGAGUGGGUGGAAGGUCUCGCUAUUCUAAUCGCCAUCAUCAUUGUCGUGACUGUUGGCGCCUCGAAUGAUUGGCAAAAAGAACGACAAUUCGCAAAGCUUAACAAGAAGAAAGAAAAUCGACUUAUCAAGGUGAUGAGAUCCGGCAAGACUGUGGAAAUAUCUAUCCAUGACAUCCUUGUCGGCGAUGUGAUGUACAUGGAAGCUGGCGAUUUAAUCCCCGUCGAUGGUAUCCUGAUCGAUGGUCACGGUAUCAAGUGCGAUGAAUCUUCCGCUACUGGUGAAUCCGACCUUCUUCGAAAGACCCCUGGCGAUGACGUUUAUCAAGCUAUUGAACAGCACCAGGAUCUCAAGAAGAAGGACCCCUUCAUUGUCUCUGGCGCCAAGGUCUCAGAAGGUAUCGGAACCUUCCUGGUCACUGCUACCGGUGUGCACUCUACUCACGGCCGAACUAUGAUGUCUCUUCAAGAAGAGGGCGAGACAACCCCACUGCAAACCAAGCUUAACAAACUUGCCGAGUACAUCGCUAAAUUGGGCCUCGCCUCUGGUCUACUUCUGUUUGUGGUUCUUUUUAUCAAGUUCCUCGCAGGACUGAGCAAGAUCGAUGGUGGCGCGGAUGCUAAGGGCCAAGCUUUCCUGCAGAUCUUUAUUGUCGCUGUCACCAUCGUUGUCGUGGCGGUUCCUGAAGGUCUACCACUGGCAGUCACGCUCGCCCUAGCCUUUGCUACGACAAGAAUGAUUAAAGACAAUAACCUCGUUCGCUUCCUCAAGGCCUGUGAAACCAUGGGAAAUGCAACAACCAUUUGCUCCGAUAAGACAGGUACUCUCACAGAAAAUCGGAUGACUGCUGUUGCUGCCACAUUGGGAACUUCAUCGCGAUUUGGAGACAAGGGACCUGCUGCUGCUGAAUCAGGAGAUGUUUCUGCAUCGGAAUUUGUGUCUACACUUUCGCCAUCCGUCAAGGAUCUUCUACUCAAAUCGAUCACCCUCAAUUCUACCGCUUUCGAGGGUGAGCAGGAUGGAGUGAAGACUUUUAUCGGCUCUAAGACAGAAACUGCGCUCCUUUCAUUCGCCCGCGAUAACCUUGGAAUGGGUCCUCCCAGCGAAGAGAGAGCAAGUGCGAAGGUUGUACAGAUGUAUCCUUUCGACUCGAGCCGCAAAUGUAUGGCCGUUGUUUUCCAGCUUGAAAAUGGGAAGUAUCGGAUGCUGGUUAAGGGUGCAGCGGAAAUCUUGAUGGCGAAGUCCACAAAGAUCGUCCGAGAUCCCACUGCUGCUCUCGAGGACUCACCGCUGUCAGAAGAAAAUCGCUCUACUCUGGAUAACAUCAUCGUCACCUAUGCGUCGCGCUCUUUGCGAUGUAUCGGUCUUCUCUACCGAGACUUCGAUCAAUGGCCACCCCAUGGAGUAUCAAACUCGGGGUCUCGGGAAGGUGCUGACUUUGAAGCAAUCUUCAAAGACAUGUCUAUCUUUGGUAUCUUUGGUAUUCAGGAUCCUGUCCGAAAAGGAGUCGCAGAGGCUGUGAAGACUUGCCAGCGCGCCGGUGUCUUUGUGCGCAUGGUGACUGGUGAUAAUAUCAUGACUGCAAAGGCUAUCGCUGAGGAGUGUGGUAUCUAUACUCCCGGUGGCAUCGCCAUCGAAGGCCCCGAGUUUCGGAAAUUGAGUACACGACAAAUGAACCAAAUCAUUCCUAGGCUUCAAGUCAUCGCUCGAUCCAGCCCUGACGACAAGAAGAUCCUCGUGAACCAGCUCAAGAAACUUGGAGAGACUGUUGCUGUCACUGGUGACGGUACCAACGAUGCUCAGGCGCUCAAGAAUGCCGAUGUUGGUUUCGCUAUGGGUGUUACUGGUACUGAGGUAGCCAAGGAAGCGUCGGACAUCAUUUUGAUGGAUGACAACUUUGCGUCUAUUGUCAAGGCUAUGGCGUGGGGUCGCACUGUUAGCGAUGCUGUGAAAAAGUUCCUCCAGUUCCAAAUCACUGUCAACAUUACUGCUGUCGUCCUCACCUUUGUCUCCGCAGUUGCCAGUCCCACAAGAGAUUCCGUGCUCAGUGCAGUCCAGCUGUUGCCUGAAUCUAAAGCGGAUCCCUUGAUUACUCUGACGAUGUGGAAGAUGAUUGUUGGCCAGUCAAUCUACCAACUAGUCGUAACAUUUGUGUUGAAUUUUGCCGGCAAGCAUAUCUUCACCUGGGAUGAAGGUCAUAUGCAGACAGUAGUGUUCAACACUUUCGUCUUUAUGCAGAUCUUCAACCAGUACAACUCUCGUCGAAUUGAUAACAAGCUCAACAUUAUGGAGGGAGUCUGGCGCAACAAGUGGUUCAUCGGUAUUCAGCUCAUCAUUAUUGGUGGCCAGGUUUUGAUUGUCUUCGUGGGAGGCCAGGCCUUCUCCGUGAAGCGCCUUGACCAGGGCUCACAAUGGGCUGUCAGCUUGGUUCUCGGUGCGAUUUCGCUACCUAUCGCCGUGGUCAUCCGCCUCAUUCCCGAUGAAUUCGCCAGCAAAUUUGUCCCACAAUUCUGGCAUCACCGCAAGCAAGAAGGGCCGGAACUUGUUGUGUCCGAUGAAGACCGUCGCUACGAAUGGAACCCCGCAUUGGAGGAGAUCCGUGACCAGUUGGCUUUCAUCAAGUCUGUCCGAGGUGGUCGUAUUCGCCACAUUCGCCACAAGCUGCAACACCCUCAGGAAUUCUUGCCUAGAUCUCGCAGUGGUUCACGAUCCCGGGAAUCCUCUGCCCCGGCAACCCCCAACGGCGAGUCCGGCAGCCCACCUCCUCAGCCUCAGCCUCCGACUCCCGAGUCGCGCUCACGUCGUGGUACCCGAUCUCGUUCCAACUCAACUUUCGGGCCUGCAGCCGCAAUGGCCGGUGUAAUCGCCGGUAGUAUCGCCGGGUGGUCCCCUAUUGAUCACGGUCAAGACGAAGCCGAUUCGAUCACUUUCCCGCCCAUAGGCACCUCUGGUGGAACGGACCGUCAGCCUGGCAUUGAAAUCCACCCUGAUACCUCGGCCGAUGACCGCAUCGUAGGCGAAUACUCCCACGACCCCAGGAAUCCGCCCAGCCAGAACCCGGAUCUGAUUCCUUUCUUUGAACACGCGCCUCCUUCAAUUUCCGAUCGAGCACCGUCUAGCCGAGGCCGUCGCUCUAUGUCUCAACGUUCUCGAUCAAGUCAGAGUCAGUCACGAGUCUGA